GCCAACAGAUAUCACAAGGAGCCGUCCUCUCAGGGCUACAUUUCUGCUCUUUGCUGCCUGCACCAAGUCCCAGAUUCCUCCCGGCCACCAGCACCAUGAGCCUAUCCAGAAACCGCUACGCCACCACCCGGGGGUUCAGCAGUAGGUCCCACGGCUCGCUGUCAUUACAGCCCACCGUCUUCCGGGCAAGCAAUGGCUACCAGCCUGGAAUGCAGCGAACCAUCAGCGGCCUGAACCUCUCCAGGGUGACCCCCGGGUCCAGCACCUUCCUGCUCUCCUCUCUCCCCAACCUGGAGGUGGACCCCAAACUGCACCAGAUGAGGAACGAGGAGAAGGAGCAGAUCAAGGGGCUCAACAACCAGUUUGUCAACUUCAUAGACAAGGUCCGGGACCUGGAAAGACAGAACAAGGUUCUUAAGACCCAGCUGCAUCUCCUGAAGGAGAAGGACACAUAUAAGUCAAACACUGAUCAUAUAAUCCUGACGUCCAGCAACCACCUGAAGCAGCAGAUCGAUGGCCUCCUGCAUGAGAAGGACAAGCUCCAGGCCGCGCUCCAGAACAUGCAAUCCGUGGUGGAGGAACUCAAGAGCCGAUACGAGGAUGAAAUCAACAGAAGGAAUCAACUAGAAAAUGAUUUUGUGCUGACGAAGAAGGACCUGGAUGACACUUACCUCCACAAAGUGGACAAUGAAUCCAAGCUGGAAAGCCUGACAGAUGAGCUGGAGGUUCUGAAGCAGCUGUGUAAUGAGGAAAUUCGGGAGCUGCAGUCUCAGGUGCACAGCGACAAAGUGACGGUAGAACUGGACAAUAACCGAGAUCUGGAGAUGAAGCAGGUUAUGGACGAGGUCCGGGCACAGUACCAGAACAUGGCGGACAAGAGCCGUCAGGAGGCCGAGCACUGGUACAAGAGCAAGAUUGAUGAUUUGGUCAAUCAGGGUAAACGGACAAGUGAUGAGUUGAAGGCUCUGAAGAACGAGGUGGUGGAACUUCACCGGAUGAUACAGAGGGUCAACAGUGACAAUGAGGCCCUAAAGAACCAGAGAACCAAUCUUGAGAACACCAUCGCCCACACAGAGGAGACUGGGGAACAAGCUAUACAGAACGCCAAGGGUCACGCCCAGGAUCUGGAAGACGCCCUGAGGAAGGCAAAGCAGGAUAUGGCUCGCAAAGUGAAAGAAUACCAGGAUCUGAUGAACACCAAGCUGGCGCUGGACAUUGAGAUCGCUACCUACCGAAAACUGCUGGAGGGCGAGGAGACCCGGUUGAACCAUCAUCCCUCCAGUUCCCAGGUUUCUGCUAUGGAUAAAUUGGCCGGUCUCUUAAACUUUGACGGGAGAACUUCUUCUGUGACACGAAAUUCCCCGAACCCAAAGAAAGUUGUUCUGGUCAAGACGAUUGAAACAACCAAUGGCAAACAAGUCUCGGAGGCGAGUCACUAUUCCCAUGAGUGAGCCGUGCGCGGAGGAGCCGACUCUGCGGACGCCCCGCACUGCAGAGCUCCACCAACACUUGCACACGAACAAACCUGCUGAUUUCUGUCACUGCCUCUGACAACUCCACACAAAAAGCUAAAUAAAAAUUGAUGUCACACUGAGCCGAUCUCCCAUGUGUCUGCGC